AUGUCACAAAUCAGGUUUGGGAUUACUCUGGUGCUGGUGCUGCUGGCUGUCCGAUGUGUUGCAGAGGAGUCGACUCAAGCUAAAGGCUGUGUUUGUGGAUACCCGGGUAUACCAGGCGAUCCAGGACACAAUGGGGCACCUGGCAGGGAUGGCCGGGAUGGACUCAGAGGGGAUAAAGGGGAUCAAGGUGAAAUUGGCCCUGUUGGACAAGCAGGUAACGAUGGUCACAAGGGAGACAAAGGAGACACUGGUGCAACUGGCCCAGCAGGGCUCAAAGGAAAAAGAGGUGACAAUGGAGAGCGGGGGCUUCCAGGAAAAAUGGGACCCCAAGGUGUGCAAGGGCCCAUUGGACUAAAAGGAAAUAAGGGGGAGCUUGGGCUUCCAGGCCCUAAUGGGCCUAUAGGAGACCUGGGACCUCCUGGACCAGAGGGUCCAAAGGGGGAAAUUGGUCUUCGUGGUGACAGAGGUUUUCAAGGACCUCUGGGACCUCCUGGCAAGCCAGGCCCUAAGGGAGACAUUGGUGUUCCAGGUUACAAAGGAAGCAUUGGUUACCGUGGAGAACGAGGUACUCGAGGAGAGAAGGGAGAUCAGGGUGAAAAGGGAGAGUCACCCAUCAUCCCUAAAAGCGCCUUCUCGGUGGGACUUUCAGCUCAAACUAAACUCCCAGCAUUCAAUGUGCCGAUCAGGUUCGACAAGAUUAUUUACAACGAGCAAAAUCACUACGAUCCACAAACAGGAAGGUUCACCUGCGCCGCAGCGGGCGCCUACUACUUCACCUACUGCAUCACAGUCUUCUCCCGGAACGUGAAAGUGGCCCUUGUGAAGAACGGGGCCAAAAUCAUCCACACCAUGGACAACUACCAGAGCAGCGAGGACCAGGCAGCGGGGGGUGCCGUGCUGCACCUGGAGGUGGGGGACAGGGUGUGGCUGCAGGUGGCAGGAGGAGAACUGUUCAACGGGCUCUUUGCUGAUGAAGAUGAUGACACGACUUUCUCUGGGUUCAUAAUAUUUGGAGCUUAA